GCCGAACAGCCUUGGGCACAGCCUCGCGAAAAUGGCCAAGGCUAUCUUCUUCGAGACCUCCAGGAGUUUUCUCCUAAUACAACAUCAAAUUUUCUCACCAUAUUUAUACAUCCUUACGAAAUCGGGUUUAAACAUUGACCACGGUCGUUUCGGAGAAUUUAGAUGAUGCAUGAAUGAAGGAUCUAUUGGUCAAUUAAAUGUGUCUAUUGAGGUUUAUGUGAUGAAAUCGCCGCGGUGUAUAUUUGUUUGAAGUAUAUACCAUGUCUUUUCUCAAAAGAUUCAAAACAAAAAAGACGAAAAAAAAAGACUCAUUGCCUCAAAACGAGGAUGAAUCAUCCUCGGCAUUCCGCAAUUUAGGCCCUGAGCAAACAGAGCAGAUUAUCGCUUGCUCUACCAAUGCUGCCUUUGCCGAAGCAUGGAAGAUGCAUUGGGAGGAUCUCAGUGAAAGUGAAAAACUUGCCUGGAGUUUCCAGGAAUUCAAAUCGCCGUUAAAGGUGCAAAUAACAACCGAGGACUUGAACAAGACUCAUCUGGAACAGUCUGUUGCUAGGAAAUGUGCAGAUGGGGUAUUGAAAUUUCUUCGAGCAAUCGAGACAUUGAUGGCCGGUGUUACAAUUGGGAUACAGGCAUACCCAGAUGUCAGCUCCAUAGUCAUCGGAGUUGUUCGAAUUAUCAUCAAUGUGGCCGUGAAGUACUUCGAAUACUAUGAAAAGUUGACACAAAUGUUGGAAAGGCUUGCAGAUCAGCUAAAGGUACUCGAUCUUUUUACUCAAAACAAUUCUAAAGAACCACUUUUGCAUACGACCUUAGUUGCGAUUUAUGCAAAUACUCUUGCCUUCUGUCGUCAUGCGCGCCGAGCUUUUUUUAACAAAACGAAUAUGAAAGCUUCAAAUGGACUAUCCAUGUUAGUAAAAGUACAGUGGGCUCCGUUCGAAGAGCAGUUUGGCCAGAUACAAUCCAAUUUAAAGCAUUAUACCGAGAACCUGGACAGGAUAUCCGCAGCAAUGACCAUGAACUCAACUCUGGCUGUCCAUGAAGAAAUGAAGAAGAAAUCUUCGCUAAACGUUCAAAAAGAGAGGAAACGAUUUUUGGAAUGGAUCUGUAAGGAAAAUAUUGAAGAGACUCAUAGAGAGAUUCGCGGCAAACGACUAUCAGACACUGGAUUGUGGCUGCUUGAGGACAAGAAUUAUACAAAUUGGAUAUCUCACGCAGAUACUGGCCUUCUUUGGGUGUAUGGACCAGCUGGUACUGGCAAAAGUAUUUUGGCGUCUCUGGUUAUUGACAGUUUAACUAAGAACGAUGAAUGUACAGCAUAUGCAUAUUUCAAAGGAGAAGACAAAAUCAUGCAACAAUCAACCAGUCAAGUGUUGUCUAUGCUUGUCAAGCAACUUUGUUGGAAUAUCGAUGUCCUUCCCCACAGAGUAUUGGAACUUUACCAAAAGUUGGAGAAGAAUGCACGUCAGCCUACAUUCGACGAUCUGAAAUUACUUUUCACAGAAUGUGUACGCCAUAUUGGAAAGGUAUUCGUGGUUUUUGAUGGCCUCGAUGAAUUUGAUGAAAGACAUCGCCGACAGCUUUUGGGAUUCCUUUGUGCUGAAGAUACACAGCAAGAAAACGUGAAGUUCUUUGUCACAAGUCGGUGGGAAAGGGACAUUAAGCAAGCUUUCAUUCGCUGUAAAUAUUUGAAGGUGGAAAGCUUGUCUCGGACCCAGUCGGACCUCGAGAAAGUAGUGCGACAUCGAGUGACGAAUGAAUUAAGCUACAUUUCUCCGGACUUGCAAGAAGAAGUCAUAAAAUCAUUGAUUGAAAAGUCUGGGGGAGUUUUUCUCUGGGCAAGCCUUCAGUUGAACGACCUUGUACAAGUCCCAGAGCCUAUGAUAAAGUCACAGCUGAAGGAGCUUCCAACGGGAUUACCGGAAACUUACCUCGGAUACUUUCGGAAAAUAAAUGCGCAGCCUCAGGCAAGCAGGAUUUUGGCACAGCGUUGUUUCCUUUGGGCAUUCCAUGCCAAAAAGUUGCUUAGCUCUGGUCAGGUCAUGGAUGCAGUGUCCUUGGAUUUCAAAGACUCUGGAAGUGAGAUGGUUAUUCAUAACGCGCAAACUCUCACGGAAGUUACAAAAAAUCUUCUAACCAUCACAAACCUUCGUUUGCCUCGUGUUCGACCUGUUCAUUUUUCUUUACAAGAAUAUGUCACAAACUCACCGACAGCACUCCCUUCAGAAAUACGAGACUUUCUUCUCCCUGAUACUGAAGUUGCAAAUGAGCAACUGGCUAUUUUAUGUCUUCAGCAUCUAAUAGCUGAUUUACCCCCAGAGGAUGGCUUAAGUACGAUUUUAUUCUAUGCUGCCCAUAAUUUCGACGGCCAUAUUCGAAGCUUGACGAAGAUACCAAAAACACUUACGGACAUCUUUGAUCGUAUAUUUGGGGAAGAGCAGCACAAACUUCUAAAGAUUCUAUCCUGGCGAUGGCCCAUUGACCACGACAGCUACCCUGAUAUAAGUUGUGCAGGAAGUCCUAGCUCGGUGGACCCCAUGUUUUUCAUGCAAUGCACGGGACUCGAUAAAGUCCCAGAACUUUGGUCUCGAUACGCCGGUACUGAACGACCACGUGUUUACCAAGAUGGGUAUUUACAUCUGGCAACGAUAGCUGGAUUGGACCAUGUUAUACGGGACAUAAUUGCCCAAGGCUUGGAUGUGCAUCGAGUUGAUGUUGACGGACACACGGCACUUCAUUAUGCUUGUGCUGAGACUAUCCCGUUAGAUACUGUGAAGGCACUUGUUGAAGGAGGAGUUGACAUCAAUCAACGUACCAGCAACGGACAGUCGCCGCUUCAACUCGCUAGAGAGUUUCGUCAUGUCGAAAAGUCGGCAUAUCUAGAAGAAGUAGGAGCGAUCGAGUGAAUGUGUCAUACUACUUGACAGUUGGCCCAAACAAUAAUCGAUAUUAGACAAUGAAUAUUGAAUGCGAACAACUAUGUAUAUCUUAUUAUUGAUACAUAUUAAAUGAAUGCCUACUCUUUUGUUGGAAUCGUUAAGUCCUGGCUUUGGAUGUUUGUUGAAAUCUCAGAAUAUUGACUUUAAAUGACCAAGAACCUUGGCUAGAGAUUCUAGUCAUCUGAGUCGGAAGCUCGAAAAUGCCACUUUACA